AACCGACGUCACGCUGCUGCUGUCAGUGGAUUUUAUGAAUUAAAAAUCAUUUCUGCGGACAGUGUCCUCCUCAGCCGGCGGAUAGAGAUGUCUGCUCGUCCCGCAGAAGAUUUGGUGAAACAGUGGGAGAGCGAGCAGGCCCUCCUCAGGCAGCAGGUGGUGGAGGGGGACACCGAGGACUGGCAGAGGGUUCCGGACUUCUCUGGCCUGCAGAGGGUGGGGGGGGUGGACCUGUCCUUCAUCAAAGGGGACGAUGUGAACGCCUGUGCCCAGCUCGUGGUGCUCAGCUACCCCGACCUGCAGCUGCUGUAUGAGGACAGCCAGAUGGUGACCCUGACAGCCCCCUACAUAGCCGGCUUCCUGGCCUUCAGAGAAACCCCCUUCCUCCUGGAGUCUCUGCAGCGUCUGGAGAGGGACCAGCCCCAACUUCUUCCUCAGGUGGUGUUUGUGGAUGGGAAUGGUCUAUUCCACUACAGAGAGUUCGGCCUGGCGUGUCACCUCGGGGUGCUUUCAGGGCUGCCGUGUGUGGGUGUGGCCAAGAACCUGCUGCAGGUGCAGGGUGUUAACAAGGAUGAGGAGCACCAGUCACAGAUCACUGCUCUGCAGAAAGGAGGAGACAGCUUCCCCCUCACAGCCACCUCGGGCAAAGUGCUUGGAAAGGCCUUGCGAAGCUGCAACAAAAGCUCUAAGCCGGUGUACGUGUCCGUUGGCCACAGGAUCAGUUUGGACACAGCUGUACGCCUCACACACUCCUGCUGCCGCUACCGAGUCCCAGAGCCCAUCAGACAGGCCGACUGUCUCUCCAGAGAAUACCUUCGCAAACACUUCCCAGCUGCAGAUACAUGAUGCAAAGAAUGAGGUUUUGAUAAUGCUGGGAACAUUUCAAGAACAGUGAAGACCAGCAACUACAGGAGACAAACAGAAAGUGUGUUGUUCAGAAAGAGUUUGUGCUGUAACUUUUACUAUUUUUAUAAGCCCAGCUGAUUUAGUGAGGGCUAAGGUACUGUCAGUAUCUUUUUAUGUACUCACCCCAUAUUCUAAACUGGAUAUGGGUCAGACUCUUUUUAUACUCUGUUCUCGUUACUUUUUUGGGUCGCUCAGCCUUUUACACCGGGAGCCUAGUGAAUAAAUUAUAAAUGUCCCUGGUC